AUGGCGGAUGCCUUCAACGACACCCAACUCCGCACGUUGGCCAUCAUUCCACACAUUACCGGAAUCAUCUCAACGAUUGCGUCUUGUUAUGUGCUCCAGGACAUUCUCCGAGACCCCAAGAAACGAACGCGGACCUAUUGCCGACUCGUCUUUGGAAUGGCCGCCAUUGAUUUCCUCACGUCCCUCAUGUACGCCUUUUCGACGUUGCCCAUGGAACGAGACGAAGCACCCUAUGGAGUCUAUGCCUUGGGGAAUCAUGCCACGUGUUCCACCCAAGCCUUUUUGAUUCAGAUGGAAAUUGCCUCUCCGAUCUAUCACUUUUAUUUGGCAUGGUAUUACCUGUUGAUUCUCAAAUAUCGAUGGCCCGAACGGAAAUUCCGAGGAUACGAAAAGUAUCUCCACGGAUUUGCCUUGGUGUUUGCCUUGGCGACGUCGAUUAUACUGCUGCCGCUGGGCGUGUAUGGAGAAUUCUUUGUCUGGUGCUGGAUUACCAACGUGGAAGGCAAUGGAUAUUAUCAAUGGUUCUUUUUCUUUGGUCCACUUUGGUUCAUCAUUCUGGCCUCCUCCGUCGUCAUGUACCAAAUGUGCGUGCACGUCAAGGCCGAAGAAACCGUCUCCCGCAGGUGGCGGAACAGCAUUGUCGAUACGAGCAAAUUGGGAGAAAAGAAACUCAAGAAAAUGACGAGUCGAGUGUUCUGGCAAGCCAUGCAUUACGAGUUGGCCUUUUAUGCGACGUGGACCAUUCCUACCAUCUCACAGACCCUCUUGCAAUUGGCCAAUGUCAAACCUUCCUUUGGGAUGCAAUUGGCCAAUGCUAUUUUUACACCCUUGGCUGGCUUUUUCAAUUUUACCAUUUACGUUCGACCCCGAUACAUCAAGUACAUGGAAGACAACAAAAAGGAAAUGUGGUGGUAUAUCUUGUGGAAGGCUAUCAAACAUUCGGUACCAUCCCGAAAGAUGAAGGUCGAAAUUGUAUCCGUCAACUUUGACGAUGACGACGACGACGAAAAUGAAGAUUUUGAUCCCACCAAUCGAAAGGACGACGACAAUGACCUUGGCGGCGGGAACCAUACAAAUCGUAUUGAUGACGAUGAUGAUGUCAUUUGCGGCAACGACGAGAACGAAACUGAAAACAACAACAAGAAGAGAAAAGGAAGGAAGAACAACCAGCUCCCAACACCUGAUACAAAAGCAUACGGUAUAGACAUGUCAGGGUCCAUACGAGAGCAAAGCAUAAACCAUGAAGAAUUGAAACACAAAAAGGAAGAACGCAAGACGGAAGAAGGAGAACCAGAUUAUGGAUACGAAGAUCCGGAUGCUCCUAGCUCAAUAAUAAAUAUGCAUCCAAGCGGAAGUAUGCGACGGCAGAAUAGUCAUUCCAUUAUGGUCAUGGAUUAUGAAGAAGACGAUGUGGGUGUGAUGGAUCCAGCCUUGGCCUUGGAACGAUUGUUCAAUGUGGACACGAAAUUGAAAAUGAUGUCGCUGCCGAAAAAGGGCGGAAAGAAGGUUUACAAGUUGGUCAAAAAGGUCAACAAGGGAGUGAAAAAGAGACGGCGAAGUCUCAUGGGAAGCGUGAGUAGUUUGCUGGGUCUGGAAAAUCCUCCGUCUGGUUCUCUCAAAGGAGACGACAAUGGGCCGUAA